UAUGAUUGACCGGGUGGGGGCCCACGCCCCUAAGGACGUCUUCUUCCGCGUGGCCGCCGAGAUGUUCUCCGACGGGACCUUCAACUGGGGCCGGGUCGUGGCGCUUUUCUACUUCGCCUGCAAGCUGGUGCUCAAGGCUCUGUGCACCAAGGUCCCCGAGCUGGUGCGGACCAUCGUGGGCUGGACGUUGGAGUACCUCCGGGAUCAUGUGCUGGCCUGGAUCCAGGCCCAGGGAGGAUGGGAUGGCCUCCUCUCCUACUUCGGCACGCCCACCUGGCAGACCAUCACCAUCUUCGCUGCUGGCGUGCUCACCGCCUCCCUCACCAUCUGGAAGAUGUCGUAGGGCGGGGGUGGGGUGCGCUCCGCGGCACCCCACGUCUGGCCGGACUACGCUGGGCUCCCCGGGGCCGGCUCCCCUUGUCCAGCCUCGCUCCCUCCCCGAUUCCCGGUGCCUUGUGCUCAACUCGAAACAAACCUCGCGGGACCCUGCGCUGCGCCUCCCGGAUCGGGACCGACGUCGGGGGACACGGACGCUCUGUGGGGCCGGACGCCCUCCUGCAUCUGGGGCAGAGACUUGAGAGGCCUUGAGCUCCACCCGGGGCUGGUCGGCGUGUAACUCCCUGACGGGCUGGCUGCCCGCGGGGAAUCCUGGGCCGAGGUCGCGGGGGCCAGAGCCAGCUCGGGGGGCCGAACUCGGGCCAAGGUUGCGGGGGCCGAAGCCGGCUCCGGGGGCCGAACUCGGGCCGAGGUCGUGGGGGCCGCAGCCGGCUCGGGGGGCUGAACUCGGGCUAAGGUGGCAGGGGCCGAAGCCGGCUCUGGGGGCUGAACUUGGGCCGAGGUCCAGCGCUGAUUCCCCCAGCGAGAUCUGUUCUGCGGGGAGCUGAGGGGGGCGGCUCAGGCCUGGCUGCCCGUGACCUCGCAGACUCAGUUUCCUUCCCCGAAACACCCGUCAGGGGCCCCCCGCUCUUUUGACUUCCCCCCGCCCCUCAGCACCUCCCUGGGGAUUUCCAAUGCCCGCCCAGUCUGGCAGGGUCCCCCCAUGAGGCACCUCUGUCCGGGGUACCCCAGAGCCAGGUGCCUCUGUCCUCCCGCCCCCCCAGUGCUGCACAGCGCCUCCCCCGGUGUAAAAGCCGGUUGCCCCCUCCAUCCAGCGUGGCCUUGGGGCCCCCCUCAAAGCCCUGCUGGGGGGCUGGUUUGGGGGAUGCCCCCAUAGCAGGGGAAUCCUUGUACAGAGCACUCACAACAGUACUGUAGUGGGGGAGGGGACUGGCCCCAUCUUCCCCCCUCCCUCACCGUUACCCCCCCCCACCCCGGCUUCUAGUGGGAGGCGGGUGGGACGGGUGCCCCUACGCCUUUGUACUGUAAUUAACUUAAUACUGUUUGUAAAGCGAUGUGUGUUCUCAGGUGUGGGGGCCGACCCCCUUCCCUAGCAGCUGUGGCCCCCCUUCACCCCACUGGUAAACUCUUGGGGGGGGGGGGGGGGGCAGUGGGGGGCUCCCAGAUUUGCCCCGAAUGUCCCUCUGCAGCCACCAGUUGGGGCCGGGGGUUGCCAGGAACUUUGGGGGGGGGGUGCUGUUCCCAGCUGUGAUGUGGGGGCAGAGUAACUGUUCCUGGGUUAGCACCCCCUUCCCCCCCCCAGAAAGGCUGGUCUGGGGUGUGGAGGAUGAGAGAGGAGCAGCUGGUGAGUUGUCCCUCCCCUCCGUCCCCCCCCCCCCCGCCGCACAUGCUGCUGGGGGCUAUUGGCACAUCUGGAGCUUCCCCCCCCCCCCGGCACCCACCCUUAGGCUGGGAUCUCCACUGCAACUGGCCCUUUGAACCCGGGGGGCAGGCGCCCCAGAGCCAGGGGCAUCCCUGGGAGGCUUGGGGCAGACACAUGUGCUGAUGAACUGGGGGGGAGGGGGGUGGGACUUGAAAUGAUUGGGGAGUAUGUGAUGUCACAGGUGGGGCGGGGCUAAUGGGAAGGGUCUGAUGAUGUAAUGGAAUGGGGGGGGUUGGGUGUAUGAUGUCACAGGUGGAACGGGCCGAUAGGAAGGGACUGAUGAUGUAAUGGAGUUGGGGGUUGGGUGUAUGAUGUCACAGAUGGGGUGGGGCCAAUAGGAAGGGACUGAUGAUGUAAUGGAGUUGGGGGGUUGGGUGUAUGAUGUCACAGGUGGGGGCGGGGCUAAUAGGAAGGGAUUGAUGAUGUAAUGAAUUUGGGGGAAACAUAAUUUCAACCUCUUUUCAUUCCCAUUCCUGUUCUGUGCCCCACCCCCGGCGUACCUCACCCCUCUCCCCCACUGGGGGCCCCCCCACGCUGCCCCCCCCAUGCACUGACUUUCUGCCCAGAGGUAGCCAUGUACUGUCUCUGGGGUGUCCCUCACCCCGGCUAGUGGCUGUGCCCCGUGGAUCAGAACGGGGUGGGGUCAGCCAGGGGGAGGGGU